UCUGCUCUGCUGCCUGCCACAGCCGCAAGAGGAGGGACGUAAAAACAUAGCGACGUUCCAGAUCAGCCAAUCAGAUCUAUCCAUUCCAGUUUCUAGCCAAUCAGCUUCGGUUAGGCUGUCCGAUACCUUGAUUGUGAGAGUUUGGGGCGACGACGGAGGAAAUGAGAGGAAACCUUUGAAAUGACAGUCUGCAGAUAAAAACCGAAACAAAAAUAACGAAUAAAUAAACCUAUGAAUCUGUGUAAUGGAGCAUCCAGUCAAAGCUCCCAAGGAUGAUGUCAUAUAUAGUGAACCUGAUGUGAAGAUCUAAGGAGGAAAUGAUACCAGAAUCUUCUGCUGCAGCUGCAUCCAGGUCUUCAGAUAGAAAUGCAAACUCUCAGGUUGGGACUACCUCAGCUGGAGCUGUCAGUCACUCUGAAGAUGAGUCAGGGAAUGAGAACAGACGGAAGAGUGUGAGAAGAAGAAAAAGAGCGUGCAGUGUCUCGGAGAAUGUCAAACACAAAAGAGCCAGAGCAAGCGGCAGCAGGGUUAGAAAGGCACAGGAUAAACAUGCCAAAGAGGAGCAGGUGGAGGCGGUCACCCUGUUUGAAGUCAUCACCAUGGGCAAGAGUGCCAUAGAGGCCGUGAUAGAUGACUGGAUUGAAGCGUACGGAGCGGACAGAGACUCCUCUCUACUAGAUCUCAUCAGCUUCUUCAUCCAGUGCUGUGGAUGCAAAGGAGUGGUGACAGCAGAGAUGUGCCACAAUAAAGAGGAUAAAGAUGUGAAGAGUAAGAUGGUCGAGGAACUGGAUGAGGGUGCUGGUCUGCAGUACAAGCGUUUUCUUGCUUUUCCAUGGAUCCUGACAGUCACCUGGCCAAUGGAUGCAGAUUGUGCGGAUUAUCCUCUCGCGCAGUCCGGACCGCCUGGUCGCUGGUUUCACUCCGAGCUCUGUGACUUUGUGUCGGUGCUGGUGGCUCGGUGUCAGCACAGCGUCCUUUUUGACAGCUACCUGAUGAGCAGCCUCAUCUCGCUGCUCACCGAGCUGUCGAACUCAUUCAUGAGGGCAUUCAGACACACUUGCACCCUCGCAGCUGUGAAGUUGCUGAGCUCUCUGCUCACUGUCGCCCUGAGCCUGAGUGUUGGGGUUGAGAACAGUCAGAAGCUGUACGACGUGCAGAGGACAAAGACAGCAAGACAGAAGAGCUCUCAGCAGCUGGAAAGAAUACAGAAGAAGAUCUCUGAGUUGCAGGAAAAGAAAACGGAGGUUGAGAGCAUGAUGGACAUCCUCUUCAAAGGAGUUUUUCUUAAAAGAUAUCGGGACAUUCUUCCAGAUAUCCGCUCUGUCUGCAUGGAGGAGUUAGGCUUGUGGAUGAAGCUCUACAGUUCUGCAUUCCUCAAUGACAGUUACCUCAAAUACAUGGGCUGGAUGAUGCAUGAUAAGGUCCCUGAUGUGCGUCUCAAGUGUGUGUUAGCUCUGCAGGGUCUGUUCAGUGAUCCUGUCCUCCUCCCCAAACUAGAUCUAUUUACCAGUCGAUUUAAGAACCGUCUGGUCUCCAUGGUGCUGGAUAAGGACAACGAGGUUGCAGUGCAGACGAUGAAACUAUUGGUGCUAAUCUCCAGAGCUACAGAUGAUGUGCUCACUGCUGAGGACUACAAGCAGCUCCUUCAGGUUGUUUUCGCCUCUCAUCGUCCUCUUGCUGCCACUGCAGGGGAGAUGCUCUACUCAAGGAUUCUCAGUGCUGUAACUCCUACCUCUGAUGAUCAGGAUGAAGGGAAUGAAGAGGAACAAAGAAUACAGAUACUUAAAGCUUUACUGCAGUUUUAUCAGGAGUCUGAGCUCCACAAGCAUGUUGUGUAUCUGGUGGACAGCCUUUGGGACUGCGGUGCAUCUCUGCUGAAAGACUGGCCGACACUCACAGCUGCACUGCUGCAGAGCUGCCCAGGUUUUACUCCAGCAGAACAAGCAGUGAUUGUGGAGAUCCUGGUUGCGUCGGUACGUCAGGCUGCAGAGGGGCCAGCUCUGGUAGGGAGGAGCGGGACCAAGAAGGUCAUGAGCAGCAGGGAGAAGAAAAUUCAAGCUGACGACUGUUUAAACCUCACUGAACAUCUGUUUUCUGUGCUCCCUAAGUUACUUUCCAAGUUUUCAUGCACUGGUGAUGCUGUGGCUUCCCUGAUGCGGAUUCCUCAGUACUUCCACUCAGAUAGUCAGGAGGCUAAAAACUCACAGUUAGUUUCUAGCCUGAUGACAGAGAUGGCAGCUGUUUUGGAUCUCCACUCGAGUCCUGCGGUUCUUGAAGCAGCGGCUCGGACUUACCUCAGUCUGUGUGGCGAUGGAGCAGCCUGGUCCUCUGCAGCCAGAGCUUCACAGGACGCUCUGGUCCAGCGCUGGGUGGAUGAACUGACAGGGUUGCUGGGGGAAUCACUCAGGGGAGGCUGUUUUUCUGCUGAAGAAGAGAAGAUCAGACAAAUCGUAACAACGCUGAAGAAACUCAAAGCUUUCCACAACUGUCAUGACCUCGGUCGAUGGAGCGUGUUUGAUCUGCUGUCUCCUCUGUUGAUGGACAACAGCAGCCAGGGAGGAGCGCCACCCGAGCUGUUGGAGGAGGCACUGCAGUGCAUGUCAUUCGCUAUGCUGUGGUCCCUCUGCACAAGCAGUGAAACUUUAACUUGCAAGGAGAAGGCUGUGGCCCAGAGGCUCCAGCUGCGACUGUUUUGUGAGAGGAGCCAUCGGUGUCUCUCCCACUGUGACCACGGCGUGAGGACUCAGGCUUUUCUGGGGGUGUGCGAUGUUCUGAUGGCUCACUCGUACCAGCUGCAGGUGUGGGAUCCCACCUGCUUCGGCCCGCUGCUCUACACGCCCAGUCCCAAACUGCAGAGGGCGCUCCUCACCUUCGUAUCCCUGCAUGUGUUUGUCGUCCCAGACUGUGACAACCAAAGCAGGGUCAGUGAAAGCUCUGAAGUGGAGAGACUGGAGGAUCUCCACAGAAGAAGAAAUCUGCUCGCCGCCUACUGCAAGCUGAUUGUCCAUGGAGUGCUGGAGAUGAGCGCGGCCGCCGAGCUCUACCCGCACUACAUGAAGCUUUACAGCGACUUUGGAGAUAUCAUUAAGGAAACCAUCUACAGGACCAGACAAAUUGAUAAAAUAGAGAGCGCUCGUACUCUCGUGCUUUGUUUGCAGCAGCUGUUUAUGCAGCUGAAGCGGGAACAGGAAAGCGGCGGCAGAGCUCACUCUGGAGUGCAGACCUUCACCUGCAUCAAGGAGCUGGCCAGGCGCUUCGCCCUCACAUUCGGAGACCUUGUCAAGUUCCGUGAGUGUCUCGUCAUGAUCCACAGACACGGCAUCGAGUUUGUGUUCCAAGAGUUCAACCAGACUCCAGACAACGCUACACCUCCGUACCUCUCCUACCUGACUAUCCUCAGCGAGUUCUCCAACAAGCUGCUCAAACCAGACAAGAAGACAGUGCUCUCCUACCUGCAAAAGCACACAGCAGAGCACAUAAUUGACCUCAGGGAGGAUCGCUGGCAGCCACUUAUCUAUUAUCGUGCUUCUUUAUUGGCUGUGGCAGAAGCGGAGGAUGCCGUGUCGUAUGUAAGCUCCGACAGGAGGCCCUACCACAGUCGCUCUCCCAUCUCCAAACAGAAAUUGGAAGGCUACAAGUCCCCAAGUCAAGUUCGUCCAACUGAUCCUGUUAGUAAGGUUAACAAACCAAGUAUCGGCCAAAGUUCUCAGAUGAUCGUGGGCAACAUGGAUCCCGUCCACGUUCCUCCAGAGCUUCCUAGGAAAAGCCACAACAUAGCUUCAGCCGUUUUCAGCGAGUCAGACGAUGGCAGCGUGGACGUCGAGCUUUGAGAAACAGGAACCGAAGUGGAUCGUCUCUCCUGUCUGGACAAGGCUUUCAUCGGCUCUGGAUCAGAUCUGAACCACCAGUGUUUUAAGCUCUAACUUGAUAAAAAAAGGCCCAAACCAAGUAGGACUUCUCGCACCCCAAAGCACCUUUUUUUCUUCCAGCACUACUUGAUGUCUAAUGUUUAUAAGCUGGUAGAUGAAGAAGAGCCAAAUUAACUCUAAUUACUCUAAAUAGAUAUAGGGUUCUUAGUGUUUGACUUCUUCUAGCAUCAUUUCCAGGUUUGGAUCAGUAUAUAUAUAUAAAAAAAAAAGAAAAACAUUUCAGUUUCUGACUUUUAUUUUCUAAGAUGCAUUUUUAAGAAUUUUUUUUUUUUAUUAAUAUUAUAAAUGUCCUGGUAUUAGAUUUUCCACCCCAGCAUGACCUUUUUAGUUGAAUUUUAGGAAUCAUUUUAGUCUUGGGUUACCGGCUGAGGAAAAUGUAAACUCAAGAAUCAAUUAUAAUAGUUAAUUAUGUCUUAAAUGACCUUUUAGGAUGAUUUAAAGACUCAAAAAUCAUGCCAGGGUUUGUGUUAUCAGGGUUAAGAGUACAUUCACAGCUCAUAUAAUUCUACAAGAUAUUUAGAAACACAAGCCUGUAAACAUGUAUCAUGUAAAUUUGCAGUAAAACGUGAAGCUGCUGCCAUCUAAAGAAAUAUGUGGAUAAAUUAAACUGUCCAGAGACCAAAGAGAGCUGCAUCAGUGUAGAUAUAAGCUUUAUUUUUCCCUAAAGUUCAUAAAGUCAGUCUGAACCGUCUCUGAAAUAUGGUCCCAUCUUUACCAGGGUCCUUACUGGGUUUUUGGUUGAUUUAGCCUGAAAUGAUCUCUUAAACAGCUAUCAGGGUUUGGUUAUGUCUACGUGACUUUAUAUGUUCAUAUAUGGUAUCUUUUUUUUGUGUUUUUUUUUUUUUAAAGUGCUGUACCGUAAAAUGAAUCCCCAGGUUCAAUGACACUAAUUUAUCCUUUUAUAUUUGAUGGGUUUUUUUUACAAGUUAAAUUGGACAUUGUGACUUGAUUAUUUUAUAUUUGUAAUUAAAAUAAAUAGGUUGAAUAAAACCAAACAUGAUCUAACUUUUGCUUUGGUGGUGGACCUUCCUAUACGCGCACUUUUAAUACCACUGAAUGCAUUUUACCAUCUGGAGAAGAACAAACUUUUAAAUGUCUAAAUUGUGUCUUUCCAUUAGAACGUAGGUAAAAUGUUUGAAAUAUUUGUCUUUGAGAAGAAUUUUUUUUCUUUUUAAGUCUAAUAUCUGCAUUGUAUUCCCUUUGUGCUGUUUUUUUUCCUAAAUAUUUCUCAGUUCCCUUCUUCCAUCCACUUCAUCCUCUUGUAGAAAAUACUGUUUUUGGCAUCUGAUCUUUUACCUUAAUGUUAAGGACACGGCAAUAUGGAAAAAAAA